CACCUUCCAAUGAAACGUCUUCUUUACACCAUACAUGUGUGUUACAUUUGUUUCCUGCUUCAAUGUCAGCUGAGGGCGACAGAGGGAGGUGUGUGUUUCUCCGAGUCCCGAGCGAAGAAUUCACUCACUCAGUCCACGAUAUCUUGCAUAUUAGAAACGUCGGCGUAGGCUACAAGGCGGUCGUCAUCGGUUCCACGGUGGGGCUUGUAUGAGUGUGGAGAGAGAUUGGACUUCUCCCGCAGAUUGUGACAUCCACCGGUUGUGGGUUGUUUGCCUCGCGCUAAAACACACCGAUGGAGCUUUUCAAGUUAGAUCGAGGUUUGUUCUAUGUCAUGAUCUCCUGAAGGAAGAUAACGGAACGACUCUGAGAAAAGAGGAAGCCACUUUAUAAUGAUCUAUUGAUCUAUUAUCCCCGGUGCAUUUUUGGUUCCCUGUCAAAGUUGUAAAGGAUCAGCUGGAAUGGAAAUAAUUCGCGAAUGUCUCCUGCCACGUCUGGACCGUUGUAAAAAGUCUCAAGAAAGAAUGAAGUAACCGCUAUGGAGCCGGACAAUGCCCCGUACUCCAAACUCAAAACAGCUGGAGUCUGGGGGAGAGCUCUGAUACUCUGGACUAUUCUCUAUAGUACCUGCUUUGUGGGACUAACACAAGCACACCCUGAAGAUGUGGACGUUCUACAGCAGCUGGGGCUUACAGGGACGAGGACUGGAGGAGGUGCAUCGUCCACAGGGGCCCGCUUCGCACCCCAUGGGGUCAUCCCCUUUAAGUCUGGGGUCAUCCUCACCCAACGGGCCCGGGUCCAGGCCCCACUGUCGUCUGUCCUACCCCCUGCCUCCUACCCCACCACCAACCUGUCUCUGAUCCUCAGCCUGUGCUCCCACCGCGUCAACAGCGCCUUCCUCUUCACUGUCCUGUCCAAGAGGAGGAGACUGCAGCUGGGGGUCCAGUUCAUCCUGGGGAAGGUGCUGGUCUACGUGGGCCAGAGGGACUUGGUCAGUUUCGAUUAUGACGUUCACAACGGCCAGUGGCAUAACCUGGCCCUGGACAUCCGAGGCCAGAGGGUCUCGUUAUAUACUUCUUGUGGGAAGACUAGUGUACAUGCAGAUCUGCAUUCUAAAAAAGAGGAGGCCCUGGAUCCCGAGGGCUCUUUCCUCUUGGGUAAGUUGGCCCAGAACUCGGUGCAGUUUGAGGGCGCCAUUUGCCAGUUUGAUAUUUACCCCUCUGCCAAGGCAGCUCAUAACUAUUGUAAGUACAUUAAGAAACAGUGCAGGGAGGCCGACAACUACAGGCCCGUAAAUCUCCCAUCCCUGCUACCUCUGGUCCCCUCAGACCCAAACCUUACUGUCGCCCUCCUCACCCAUGUAAUGCUGACUGAAAUAUCCAGGAAGGCCCCCAGCCCUAAUCUGACCUUAACUGAGGACAGAACCAGGACUAAGCUUGUGGUCCCAACUAACCGCCCCACAGUGGCGCCGACCCGCUCUGUGCGUAAGAGUUUUGUGACACCAAAGCCUGGAGCUAUGUCCCUGUCUCGUCCUGUGACUGUCGCCCCGACAACGGCCAGGCCGGGAUUAAAGCGCCCUUUAGUGGCCACGACCCAAACUGUUACUGUACCCCUCAGGACCAGCGAAACACAAACAUCCCCAAUGCCAACGUCCCAUGGCGACAGUUUAGCUAAAAAGAGCACAGCAGUGGAACCAGGUGUUAAAACCCAGAAACCCACGGGGAGCAGUUUGGCUGCUGCACCACUUCUUUCCACCACCACAACGCCACCAAAGAAGAAGCCAGACCACCAAACCAUGGCAGCAUCCAAACAAGGCUCUUCUUCUUCUGCUUCUUCUUCAAACACCUCUGUCCUCUUCGUACAGAGGAAGCAGCUGACCGCUCUGGCUGCACAGAAACCUGAGCCCAGAGUGACCAAUGUGGAGGCUGUCAAACACACCUCGUUUAUCCCUGUCACUCCGCCUGCCACAGAUGGCUUCCAAACCUGGGACCUGGAACCGACCCAGUUCUCAUUGCUGGCUGGGCCGGGACCACCUGGACUAAAGGGAGAACCAGGACCCGCGGGACUUCAAGGACCUCCUGGGAAGCCAGGGACGCCGGGGAAGAGGGGGCCUCGGGGUCCUCCUGGUCCCCAUGGAAACCCAGGUCGCCCUGGACCCCCUGGACUCAAGGGACGGAAAGGAGACCCUGGCCUUUCGCCGGGCAGAGCUCCAAAAGGAGAGAGAGGAGAUCGUGGUGCUUCAGGACCUCUUGGACUGACUGGUCAAGUUGGUAGAAAGGGACAGAAAGGCCAUCCAGGUCCUGCUGGUCAACCAGGAGAUUCUGGCGAGCAAGGGGCAGACGGAAGCCCAGGGGCCAAAGGUUAUCCUGGCAGGCAGGGUUUACCUGGGCCUGUUGGCAUUAUGGGGCCUAAAGGAGUCCGGGGUUUCAUAGGAAUCCCUGGGGUUUUUGGCCUUCCUGGACCUGAUGGUGAGAGAGGAAUUCCUGGUGUUCAUGGGAAGAAGGGCAAGAUGGGUAGGCCGGGGUUUGCUGGAGACUUUGGCGAGCGGGGACCACCAGGACCAGACGGAAACCCAGGUGAGCUGGGAGCCCCUGGUCCUAAUGGAGUUCUUGGCCUCAUUGGAGACAUGGGUCCUCUAGGGAUGAUGGGUUUGCCAGGACCAUGUGGACUCAAGGGGGUACCCGGAAACCCAGGAGAACCAGGACUGAAAGGUGAUAAGGAUGACGUUGGUCUUCCAGGGGAGCAAGGAGAGAAUGGAUUCCAAGGUGACAAGGGUAUCCAGGGUUCACCAGGGUUGCCAGGCAUUCGAGGGAAACCAGGGCCACAUGGGGUGACAGGUGAGCCGGGUCCUGAUGGUAUACCUGGCCCUCCGGGCCAAGAGGGUUUCCCAGGAGACAUCGGCCCACCAGGUCACAAUGGCCCAGAGGGCCCAAAGGGGAAGCCAGGAAACAGAGGUUUACCAGGGCCCAGAGGAACAGCUGGACUAGAGGGCGAUGAGGGGCCACUUGGACCACCUGGACCUACAGGACCGGAGGGCAGACCUGGAAGGCAGGGAUUCCCGGGCAAAACAGGUCCCGAAGGACUAAAGGGCGAGACCGGAAUAACUGGAGAGGUCGGAAAGCUUGGCGAGAGGGGGCUGGUGGGUUUCAUCGGCCCUGUUGGGGAGCCUGGCCUCGCAGGAGAAAAGGGGGACCGUGGGGAGAUGGGAUUGCCUGGACCGCCAGGGGAAAAGGGGGCGAUGGGUCAUCCUGGAACUCCUGGAGAGUGUGGUUCAUCAGGACCUCUAGGGAUACCAGGUCCGGCCGGUUCAAGGGGUCUCGGUGGGAUCAGAGGACCUAAAGGCAGGAGGGGUCCGAGGGGUCCUGACGGUCCAACUGGGGAGAAGGGGUCAGUUGGAGGAAAGGGUCCCAAUGGUCCACCAGGAAAACUAGGCUUCCCAGGGGAGAUGGGAAAGAUUGGGGAGCCUGGGGAAGCUGGGCCUAAAGGAUUUCCAGGUCGCAAAGGACCCUCAGGAGCUCCAGGUGCCAAAGGAAUAGCAGGAGAGCCGGGACUUACUGGGCCACCAGGAACUAUCGGUCCACUGGGAGAGAUGGGAGUCAAGGGCCCAACUGGAAAGGUUGGGGAGUGGGGACUACCAGGCGAACCAGGAGAGAAGGGUGCCCUCGGACCAGCAGGAAACCUCGGAGAGCAGGGCCUCAUCGGACAGAGGGGUGAGAUGGGGAUUGAUGGGGAUGCCGGACAGAGUGGUCCUGAUGGACUCAAGGGCGAGAAGGGUGACAUGGGACUGGAGGGGGGUAAAGGAGAGAGGGGUGACAUCGGACUGAAAGGAAAGGAAGGGUCUCCCGGACCUCCUGGCUUAGUGGGAGUGUGGGGUCAGGAGGGCAAACCUGGCAAGUUUGGUGAAAGAGGAAAACCUGGAGAGAAGGGCAGCAAGGGUCACAUGGGUCAUCUGGGAGAGACUGGGACAAUUGGUGAACAAGGAGAAGCAGGAUUUGUUGGGCCGAAAGGAUCGAGAGGAACCAUUGGACCAGUGGGUGCACCAGGUAGAAUGGGCCAGCAAGGUGAAACAGGCAUCACAGGAUACGAGGGCCACACAGGACGGCAAGGGCCACUGGGACCUCCUGGACCAAAAGGUGAAAAGGGUGAACAGGGGGAGGACAGUAAGGUGGAAGGCCCUCCCGGUCCACAAGGUGACAGAGGUCCUACCGGAGACAGGGGAGACAGAGGAGAAUCAGGGGACCCAGGAUACCUAGGCCAGCCAGGGGUGGACGGAUCGAGAGGCAAAGCCGGAGCAACUGGACUACCUGGACAUCCUGGACCAAGGGGAAUAGAGGGUCUGAAAGGAUCGAAAGGUGAUCAAGGUCAGAAAGGCAAACGGGGCAAACAAGGCGAGUCUGGGAUCAAAGGACCGCCGGGUCCCGAGGGUCCUCCUGGCCCAAAGGGAGUGGUGGGAAGAGAGGGCCUUGAGGGCCAACCUGGAAUGGAUGGGCCUCCUGGGAAAGAUGGUGACAAAGGAGUGAAGGGGGAUCAAGGAGACGACGGAGAGUUUGGUAUCAUUGGCAAAGCUGGUAACAGUGGUAAAAUGGGCGUGCCAGGGCUUCCAGGCGAACAGGGCUCCUUCGGACCCAAGGGUGAGAGGGGUCUCCCCGGCCAAACUGGAUAUUCAGGGAAAAGAGGCCACAUUGGUGGAAUGGGAAUUCCAGGAAAACAGGGUGACCAGGGGAACAAAGGACAGCCCGGUGACACAGGUGAAUCAGGGUACCCAGGGGUUCUCGGGAUGUUCGGACCAAAGGGACCUCCAGGAGAUCUGGGCCCAGCCGGCAUACAGGGACCAAAAGGGCCACAUGGCUUGAUGGGUAAUGUUGGUGCCACAGGCCCAGUCGGUAUCAUUGGCCCCAGUGGUAAUACAGGUCCCCAAGGUGACAAAGGAAGUCGAGGGGAUACGGGGGUACAAGGACCAAGGGGCCCUCCUGGUCCUCGUGGACCACCGGGACCCCCAGGUCUCCCUGGUUCUAUGCCAUUCAGAAGGGAGGCUAUUGGUGCUGCUUUUCAGCUCAUUAUUGAUUCCCAUGCUGCGCUGAGGUCAGAGACUUACCAUGACAUGGACCUGCCCAUGUUGGACCACCAGGGUACAGAGAUAUUCAAGACCCUCCACUACCUCAGCACCUUGAUCCAGAGCCUGAAGAACCCACUAGGAACCCACGACAACCCUGCACGCAUCUGCAGAGACCUCAAGGACUGUGAACAGAGGAUGAAUGAUGGAACUUACUGGAUCGACCCAAACCUCGGCUGCUCUGCUGACUCCAUCGAAGUGACGUGUAACUUCACCAGCGGUGGCCAGACCUGUCUGAAACCCAUCACAGUAUCCAAGCUGAAGAUGGGGGUGGGUCGUAUCCAGAUGAACUUCCUCCAUCUACUGAGCUCUGAGGCGGUGCAGCACGUCACCAUCCACUGCCUGAAUAUCCCCGUGUGGGCCAACAGCUCCUCCCUGGAGCCCUCCCCCACCGCGGUGCGCUUCAAGGCCUGGAGCGGAGGAGACAUGAUCCAGGCUGGAGGACUCCUGGAGCCCCACGUAGUGAAGGACGAAUGCUGGAUCCAAGAUGGCCGCUGGCACCAGACCCAUUUCGUCUUCCAGACCCAGGACCCCAACUUACUCCCCGUCCUGGACGUGUAUAACCUACCGGCCACAGAGCCUGGCUCGCACUACCACCUAGAGGUGGGCCCCGUGUGCUUCUUAUAGAGGCCUGUUCUUAUAGAGGCCUGUUCUUAUAGAGGCCCAGGAUACAGUACAUGCACAGCCUCCUCAUAGGAGUGACUUGCGGGGGAUGGGGAAGGUUAGGGGGUCUUCCUGUCCCCAUAUACUGGGGCCCUUCAGGAGAGGCAGGCCAGGCCAGGCCCCUAACCCUCCAGCAUAUGCUCGGACUGCAGAAACAGGCAGGGGGCGCCAUUGAGGGACGGACCAGGAGAAACUGCAGAGAUUACUGAGACGUCUCGCACUAGUUCCUACCGCCUGCCUGAAGAGAAGAUAAGCUUUGGCUUUUUUCAGGGACUUGUUUUACUGUCGCACGGCACGAGCCCUGGAUGCCCAAGUGAGAUAAAAAAUAAUGAGUCUCUAACAUCACUCUUGGACAACAUUUUUAACUUAUUACUUUCUAUGGUCAUGAACUCUCAACAUGUUAUGAAAUGUGUAAAGUAAUAGGGAACGAUUAUAAAUGCAUUUGCAUAUUAUGAAUGCAUUACUUAUCCUUCUAAAUGUCACACAUACACAUGUAUUAUUUAUACAUGUUAUAUGUAUAUCUUAAUAUAAAAGUGCAAUAAACAUAUCUCGUCUGCAGUUUUUCAAAGCAAUUAAGGUUUACAGUGAGACCCAACAAUUGGAUAUAAUAUUAUCAUAACAUUCAGGCUUAGGCUUAGUUUCCAGCAUACAUCCACAGGUGUGUGCUGUCCAGUUAUUUUCUCCUGCCUGGUCUGCAGAUGACGUAUGAAUCUACUUGUAAUGGUGAUUAGGUGCUGAAGAAAUGCCCACCGGUCUACGAAGAACUAUUCCGCUAUUGCAUUCCUGAUGUGUGUUUCCCUAGUCAAAUGAAUUGAAGCUUGCAGCAAGAGAGUGAAUCCAGAGAGUGUCAGAAGAGUCGGUCUACCUCCCAUCUCUCAACGAGCUGAACCAGAGAUGAUGACACCUGAUACCUGGUGCUAUAAUAAUUCCUGUGGUGGGUUAUGAGGCGGUCUUGUUUAAUCCUGACAGAACAUAUAAACCUUUUCUACAGCAAAGGGAAUAUUUUUUUACACAGUAUGAAUGCAAAGAAGGAAAAAUGUUAAAUUUCACUUUCCAAGCUAGCAAAACAAGCUAGCAAAACAGCGUUUCUUUCUCUGCAUUGCUAUUGUACUCCCCUUUGUAUGAGUCUGAAGCUAUUAUUGAAAGAUUUAGGUCUUAUUUUUGACUUGUUGAAAUGUAUAAAUGUGUAUAAUUAUGCAAAGCUUUGUUGUAUACAGUGGAUCCCAACAUGCUAAUUUAUGUUAUUUAAUGUCCAUGGGUUUUGCGACUUUCUGUAAACUUUAAGCCAGACACCCAUCAUUAGCAGAGCAUUUUUAAUUUUUUAUAAAUUUGGGGCUUCAUCGAUUUUGUUUUAUAGGUUUGUUUUUUUAUAAUCAUAACUGUACUGGAACCAUUUUCAAUGCUUUUAUGCCUUACUGUUUUACUUUAUUGUUGACCAUGUUUGUGAAAUCUGUACAGGCGGUCAGCUCAACCAACCAACCUAUAAACUCAGAAUACCUCUCAUAUCACACAUCUUAAAUAGCCCUCCAUCAUGUUCUUACAUUCGUAUAGCCAUAACACAUCCAAAGAGUCUGACAUCUGACAUCUUUGUUAAGGGCCAGGAACAGAUAUUAGUGGUCAUCGUGUACUUCAUCCAUUCAUCUCUGCAGGUCCUCUCUGUCAGCAUCAUAAUAAUACAGCUUGUAGUUUUCAACACUUUCAUUUUCUUCAACAUUCAGGUGUUCAAUAAAUAUUUGAAACCCAA